GAUGUCAUUUGUCAUCUGAUAUUUUGUUUUUAAAAAGCCGACUAAAAAUGAGCGACAUCGCAACAAUUUGGACCAAAACCCAUGAAAUAUUUCCAAUUUUAAAUAAAUCGUUAAAAUGCAGUCCAAUAGCAAACGGAGAUUUCGAGUAUGUAAUUGGAAAACUCACUCAACUAGAAAUAACCGAUUGCGUUUACGAGUCGAUUCUGCUCGAAAUAAAUGCUAUGUUACGAUCAAGAAUUGUUCCAGAUUUCUGGACCCAAUUCCAAACUAACAAUGAAGAGGAAGACAAUCAAUAUAUGCUCUUCAUGCAGUUCCAGAUGGCAAUAAUUAAAUUAGAAGAGGACUUUCGCAACAUAAACGAACUUAUAACAAGGAUAGAGCUUCUCAAGAAAAUGUGUCGGUUUGCAAAACCUGAGAAUAAGAUGCGAGAUGAUAAGAAGGAAAUAAAUAACAUGCUUAGGAGUAUACUCUUAUCCCAGCUUCCUGCAAAUUUCAACUCAGUUGUCUAUGCAUUUUACAAUGUUUCAUUUAAAGUUUUUGCCAAUAGUCAUCAAGCUGGAGAGGAUGAUGAUAUGGGAGACCUUGAUGAAGUUAAGUGCAAUGGAUGUGAUCGGGAAACAGAUGGUUGUCGUUGCCAAAAUCUUGUUUGCUCUUUCAAUAAAACCAAUGAGCACUUGACCAACCUAGGGCUCCUCGAUCGAAUAGCUGGCCAUACACUGACCACACUUAUCCAACAAAGAAUAGCAACACAUGUUCGAGAUACAAGUCUUGGUAUUUUCGAUAAAGGACACUUAAAAGGUUUAGAAAAGUGGCUGGAAGGAAUCGUGUUAAAUUGGUUGACUAGAAUAUUUAACAGAGGCCAUUUAAAAAUCGAUGCAGAAGAUACUAAGAUACAAGAAGUGAUACAAGAUUUCAAAGUAAAGCUUACAUAUUUCUUAUAUGAAACUUAUGCCAACAUAAUUAUCGAACAAUUUUUCAGUAUUAUCAUUGAUUAUCCAGAUUCUAUUCCCGCAAUUGAUGACCUCAAAAUUUGUCUGGAAAAAAUUGACUUACGGAAGCACCUGAUAAAAUCUCUCAAGGAAUCUCUAGAAGCAAGAAUACUCCACCCAGGUGUUAACACCAUGGACAUUCUCACUGGUUAUGUGGCAGCUAUAAAAACAAUCCGCCAUUUAGAUAGCAGUGGAGUUAUUUUGGAGACAGUUACAGAACCAAUAAAAGAGUAUCUCAGGAAGCGCAGUGAUACAGUAAGGAGAGUUGUGACUGGUUUGACUGAAGAAGGACCAACUGAUCUGGCCGAAGAGUUGGCCAAAAGUGAAGCACUUAAAGAAAACAUUGACGCUGCUGGUAAAGAUGAAAUGGCUAAUUGGGAAAACUGGCAACCUGAUCCUGUAGAUGCUACACCAGCUGCAUUCACUCAAAACCCUCGUAACAAUCGAUCAGCUGAUAUAAUUUCAAUGGUGGUGGACAUUUACGGUAGUAAAGAACUUUUUGUGAAUGAAUAUCGUAACCUCCUAGCAGAUAGAUUACUUUCGAGUCUGGACUUCAAUCCAGACAGAGAAAUACGAAAUCUAGAGCUACUGAAACUACGUUUUGGAGAAACACUGUUGCACAGUUGUGAGGUUAUGUUGAAGGAUAUAAGUGAUUCGAAGCGAAUAAAUGGACACAUUCAAGGAGACAUCAGCUACAAUGAGAAUAGAACUUUUGAUUUAAAGUCAUUAAUUAUCUCAUCACAAUUCUGGCCUGCUUUCAAUAAGGAAACACUAGAACUUCCUGAAGAGAUCGAAGAGGAAUUCAAGAAAUUUACCAAGUCGUAUGAAGCUUAUAAGGGCAACAGGACAUUAUGUUGGCGUAAUGUUACUGGAAGGGUUGAACUAGAAAUUGAGCUGGGAGACCGAACACUCGAAAUAACAGCAGCUCCAACACAAGCAAUCAUCAUUUAUCAUUUCCAGACAAAGAGUCAAUGGUCGUUGGAAGAGUUAAGUAUGGUAAUGAAAAUCCCACCAUCUGUUUUACGGCGAAGAAUAGGCUUCUGGCAAACACAAGGAAUCCUUCGGGAAUCACAACCAGAUGUGUAUGUUCUUGUUGAGGAAACAACAGGCACUGGUGGCAUGGAGGAAAUGCAAACAACAGACAUUGCCGAGGACGAUGAAAGUGAAAGCGCUAUGGCAUCGGCAAGUGAUCAACGAGAAGAGGAAUUACAGGUAUUUUGGUCAUAUAUCGUCGGAAUGCUGACAAACUUGGAUUCACUACCAAUUGAGCGAAUACAUCAGAUGUUGAAAAUGUUUGCAUCACACGGCCCAGGCAUAGAAUUUUCCCAGGAAGAGUUGAAAAACUUCCUCCAGCGAAAGGUCCGUGAGCAUAAACUCAUUUUUAGCGGUGGCGUUUAUCAGUUAGCAAAAUAAAAAAAUAUUCAUUUGUUUUUAAUUAAUACAUAGCAAUUUUAUUACAAUACAAAUAAUACAAAACGAUCU